CAACACAGAGAUGAAGCGUCGGGUUGUUCACACUCCGUCCAGGAGGUGGCGCGCUGAUUUAAAUCCCCUGUGAAUGACUUGGAAAUUUGCUGAGGAAACCAAACAGCUCGGUGGUUUAGACGCAGCGCGCCAGUAAAAACUUGGUGAAAAUGUUAGCUCCAUAGACUUUAUAUAAAUAGGUUAGCUCACUGCCCGACAGUUUGUUCUCGGUGAGUUGGUGGUUAGCAGAUUUAAAGCCCAUUUCAGCAUUGCCUCGUGCCUUCCCCUUAAAGAAAGUGGAGUCGUCCAACGGAGAAGGCGUUGAUAUCCACUCCUCCACUGGAGUUGCUGUGAGAUGAUGCAGUCAAACAGGUCUGCGUACAGUAACAAGAGGCAGUACAGUGACAGAAGUGCAAGGCAGUGGGACGACUAUGACGACAGAAGGGAAGAAAGGCGUGAACCUCACAGAGUUAUACCACAGGACUCUUAUCAAAAAUAUGGUGGAGAUAAAUGUAGUAGCACAGAGAGGACAAGAAGUAGAGAGUACAGUGACUCACCUAAGAUACAGUACAGCCAAGACUCAUCAAACAGAGAAUGGAGCACAAAGAGCUCAUUAAGGAGACGCAAUUCCUCACCUGACUGGGGUUCUUCUGAAAAGAAAAGGCGAAGGUAUACAGUGGAUGAUAAAGAUGAUUACAGAUACAGGCGCGAGCCAGAGGACAAUAAAAACAGGCAGUCACCAGACAGUUUUUCACGUGCACAUGUAAUCAAGGAGCAUAAACAUACACAACCACAGGAAGAGGAUUUCAAAUACAGGAAAACCCCUCAAGACUCCAGACACAGGUAUCGCCAUGAGGAGUUCAACUUGAGGCAGCAACAUGAUGACUCAGGUUGCAGACAAUCUUCAGGUUAUUACAAAGAUAGAGAUGGUCGUGAAAGGAGCCGAGACCGUUCACAAGGGAGGACACGAUCACAAGAUCACUUUAUGAAGAGUUAUGCCAAACCCAGACAAAGGAAUCACAGUCCCUCUGCAGAUCAUGAUGAUCAUCAUCAAAACAGAAGAAGGUUUCCGUUGAACGGAUCUCGUGAACAGUCUUUUGAGAGUGAUGCCACCAACCCGGAGCAGAAGUCAGCCGUGGGUUUCCAGCGUUUCCUUGAUGUGCUCAACAAGGGCGUGAAUGUCGCCACGCUCACCAAGAUAGUGUCCCAGACCUCCACAGAAGCAGUGAUGGUCUUUCAGCUCUUCAAACAGAUGGAUUCUGGCUGGCAAAAGGUGCACUCGCGGGUAUUGCUUUCACUAGAUCUACUCACUGGAUAUAUGCUGUUGCUAUAAGCUUUUGUCUCACAAGCUAUUUUCCUACCCUUCCACUUUCUGCACUAUCUAUUUUUGUUACAUCCUGUUCUUAAUACUUCCCAAGGCAGAUUGUUUUGAAGAAAUACAAAUGCUAAUGAAUACAAAAUAGCUGGAGCGUGUUUCCCUAUUGCAGAUGCAAUAGGAAUCAAUAUCGGUAUCUGCAGUUUUUCCACUUUUAGUAUCGAAUCACAUAGUAACUGAAAAAAGGUGAACCAGUGCAUCUUAUAUACCAUAACGGAAUUCUUUUCUUUUUAAUUAAACCGAAAGACAUGGCUGCAGCAGUUUCCAGAAAGAGAAAGCUGCAGUGACAACUGGGCAGUCUGUUAGCUUGUUGCUGUAGCUACCAAUGUUAAAUGUUCUGUUUUCAACAAUAUUAGGCUGAAAAUAACAUGCAUGCAGGCUGACAUUCAACUGUGGGGAUUAAAGGGAAACUUUGAGUCACUGCAGCGCAGGCAGUAGGCCUGGGCCCAGUUACUGCGCCCACAGUACCACAGUGGCCGGAACCGGUGGACUUUUGCAUACUCCUCCACCCAACCAGCUGUGGCAAAUAUUUGAUAUUGAUUACUAGUGAGGCUUUGGAGCCCAAAAAAAUGGCAUUUGGGAAAGUCCUACAAAACACAAAUUAAACAUCGAAUCAGAGAAAAUGAACAUUAAACACUUGCAAGCAGUUUGUCCAGCAGCAACAAAAAGUAAAGAAAAAAAUGACAGACAAUGAAAUAAACAGACCACAAGUCUAUUGAGAAGCCUCUAGAUGGAGCUCUGUCCAUUGCCCAGGCUGUUUAUAUACUCAUAGCACAAUGUCAUGCUGAAGAAAAACUGUGUGAACAAAGUGUUUGAAAAACUUUGUCCUCUGUUGUUUUUCAAAUUUUCUUCAAACACUUAUGAUUUAAUACAUUGUAAUGUUUGUUUCCAUCACAUUUGUCUAUAUGCUGGACACUGGCCUUUUUCCUGAUAAAACAUCAUCACAGUGUCCAGUCUUCUCUGUCAGAUUAACAUCUUUUCUUUUUGUGUACACAUGCAGAAAAUGAUUUUGUAAAUACUUGAAUAGCAUAAUAAUAAACACAGUGAUUCUAAGUAAA